GACUCGGAGAGAGUGAGAAAAAAAUCGGUAAAAAUGUGACGAAAAAUGUUGCGAGUGAUUGGUCCAGCGCGAUGAGACGUAAAAAGUUAUGUCCGGGUGUAUCGAGCGUCAUCAGGCAGUGUCCCCGAUGACAGGAUCAACGGUGGGGCAACUCCAGCCCCAAGUCGAGGAACCCAGACCAUCUAAAACACGGGAUAUCAAUAAAGAAUUGGUGUCACCCUGUCAUCGUCGUAUGCGACAGAGAAUGACACCUGUUCCACCUGAUACCGAGAAGAUCGAUCAGCCAAUACAGCUAACACCGGUCUGGGAGCAUGUGGUACGCACGCAACAGUUCCCCCCCGACAUCGACAAGCGCUCGACCUUCACCGAGAUAUCCGAAAGACUGCGCGAUCCAGAGUGGGAAGUGCGUCAGCAUGCGCUCCGUGUCCUAAUUGAUGUCCUACCAACAUUACCAAAGGAACAGCUUGAUAAUAUUCUCUCGCCAGUUGUGCCAGAGCUCACCAAUAACCUGGGACACUUGGCCCCAGCUGUACGCAAAGGUGCGAUUGAUGCAUUGAGAGUUUACCUUGUCUGCAGCGAGGAGCGUGAGAUAAUCGUUAAUAAUCUCCUCCGAAGUGGUUUAUCACGUCAAGAUCCUCUGGACCCUCUCCAAAUCAGCAUCACCCAGGGCCUCAUUCUCAGCGCUCCCGCUCUCCUCUAUCCUUCCGCUACCACUCCACCCCCCUCUUACAAUCUCCUAUCAGCGACGAUAACAGCAUUGGCUCACCACCUGAUUCAAAUAAACCACCAAGAGGCGGCAUUGAAGUCCCUUCUGAAGAUUCGUGACAUAAUUGGCCCCGACAACUUCGCCGUCCACCUCUCGGAGCUCAAUCCCACAGCCCUCAAGGACUUUCAGGUUCUCUGUGAAGUGUACAAAGUGUCCGAGAGUCCGAGGAAAAAGAUAAAAAAGGCGAAAAGUCCCGCGAAAUCAUCCAAAAUUGAGGAAAUCAAUGGAAAUGUCAUCGAAAUCGAAACGAACAUUGCUCAAGGUCAUCGUGAAGUUCAACUUCCGGGUCAUGGUGGUGACUUUGAGACUUCAGGAUCAAGAGUCCUGUUGGAGACUGAGAUUAAGUUGAAUGAGGAUACUGCCAUAACUAUGACUAUUUCCGAGGAAAAAGACAACUUUCGGAAUUCUAAUGAUGAAGUUGAGGGUGAAGAUGAUGGUCAUGAUGAAGUUGAUGAUGAAUUUGAGUCCAAGGACGUGUGGAUUGAGCGGAGAAAGACACCGAGGCGGGUUCACUUUGGCGGUGAGAUUGUUAAAAUGAGAACUCCGGAUUCUGAUGACUCGGAGGCACUUCAGAUUGAAGUGAAGAAGACGAAAAUUCCGCUUCCAAUAGCUCCGGUAACGAAGUUGCCACUUCAUUUGACGAAACCAUUGUCGAAUCCUGGCAGUCCGAAUUUAUCGAUGUCCAACAAAAUCUCGAGAAGGUCGAGGUCGGCUUCAAUCAGUCCUAAGAGAGAGUUCUACGUUCAUGAUGGAAGUUUGAGUCCGAAGAAAGGGAUUUUAACGAAGAAUAAUAAUCAUGUGAUGACGCGAACGAAGUCGGUGUCUCUGGAUGGGGUGGCGUACUUCAAUGGUGACCUUGAUAAUGUUUUCGGGACGAGGGAGAAUAGGAGCUGGUCCUUUGAGGUGUUUGAGGAUCUCGAUGAUGAUGUUGAUCCGAGGAAAAUUCUUCAUGUGAAUAAUUUGAAGUUUGAGAAGAAGUUGAGGAAGAAGUCAUCGAAGUUGACUUCACCAAGAAAAUUGGAGAGAAAUGAGGGAAAAAAUGUGGGCGGGGCUCGGAAUGUGAAAAUUGAAGAAGCAAGUGAAAUGUCGAAUAAACUUCAUGAUGAACUUCACAACGUGAAGUUGCAGUCAACAAAAUUGAUGACGGCGAACAAAUUGGGGGAAGCUGAAGAGAAAAAUCUGGAAAAAAUUGAGGAUGUGGAAGUACAAAGGACCGCAGUGACGAAUAAACUUCAUGAUGAACUUCCUAGCGUGAAGUUGAAGUCAUCAAUAUUGACUACACCAAUAAAAUCAGAGAAUAAUGAAGUUGAUAACUCGGGAAAAAAUCUAGACGUGAAAAUUGAAGACAAUGAAAUGUCGAAUAAACUUCAUGACGAACUUCAUAAAACGAAGUCGAAGUCAUCAAAAUUGGUUUCACUGAAAAGAUCGGAGAAAAAUGAGGACAACAUUUGCAGGAAAAUUCCGGACGUGGAAAUUGAGGGGAGUGAAAAUUCAAGUGAACUUCAUCAUCAACUUCAUAAUGAACUUCAGUUCACCGAAAGAAAUUCCAUCUCAAGGAUUGAAACUUCAACCGGCAAUUUGGCAAUGGAUAAUUGCGACAUGGAUAAUCGAAAUUUAUCGAGGAGUCCGAGUUUAACUUCACUGCGAUUAACUUCAUUUGAAGAUUCAAUUGACAAUGAUAUGAGAAAAAAGUCAUUAGUGACAAAGAAUUCACCGAGAAAGACAGUUUACGAAAGUUUUCCGAGAAAGGAGAGAAAUUAUAUUCUCAUGGAGCUAUCGAGUCCUGUUAAAAUGAGUUCGAGAAGUCGUGAGGUCUCGCCUGAGGGAGUCGGUGAAGUCAAGGGUGAGGGGGAGGGAGAGUUGAAAGAGUGUGAGGAGAAAAGUUUUGCGGAGAAGAGUGGGGAGGGAGAGGGCAAGGGCGAGGCUAAUUGGGAGGACCUCGGACUUGUGACUCAGGAUGUUCUUGAUGACCUUCAUAAUAAGGAGGACUGGAGGGCACGCGUGAGAGGAUUGGAGAGGGUUGCAUCAGCCCUGAGGACUUCCUCCGCGCUCAUUGCCAUCGAACCAAGGCUUGGAUCCCUUCUACAAGCGGUUCUGGGAGGCGAACGCAGCUGCAGGGUGGCUGCUGCUGCCAUGUCUGUUGCUAGGGUGGUAAUAGCCGGAGUCUCAGAAGAAUCAUUAAAACGUCGGCUUCCUCAAGUCGCUUGGGGUCUGAGUAGGCAAGGGGGUCCGAGCGCUGCUCAACUAGCUAGACUAGCGAUGCUGCGUCUGAGACCAGCCCUUUUCCUCGAGCAGCUCCUCCAGCCCCACUGUAUCGACGCCAGAAAUGCCAAGACGCGAGAGAACGCCCUGCAGCUUUUGAUCUUCUCCCUCGUAACAUUCCCGAGUACGGAAUUUAAAGUGGAAAACGUUGCUAACAAAGUGGCACUGAUGGUCGGCGACAGAAGAAGAAGAGUGAGACAAGCUGCCCUGGAUACACUGGCAGUACUUGCGCAAAUUUACGAGCCCGAGGAGGUACUGCAGGCGGGUAAUAGAGCUGCCAAACAGCUCAGGGAGGGCACUGAUAUGGUGGCAGCUAUCAGGGCUAGACUUGCCAGAAAAUCUUUGCCCAUGGUUUCAGCCGAUGGACUUGUUGUUUAUGGAUUGCAAAUUUCACCGACUGUGCAGAUUGCUACGGGCCCCGAUGUCGACUGGAUCGUUGCUGGCAGUGGUUCAGUGUCUCCAGGAACUGGAAGAGCCAGGGGACAAGUAAUACCACCCAAUGUCAAGGGUGGAGUCGAUAAGAAUAAAAAUGAACAAGGCAAAAGUUCCCCAUCAUCGCGACCGAAUUUCGUCGCCCAGGGAAUCUCUCUACAUUCGAAAAACGAACGCCCACUAGGCUGGCAAUUUGUUCCACCAGACAAAGAGGGAAACAAUUCGUCUCAGGAUAUUGAGGACGACUACAGGAACGAGUCGCCAAUAUCUAUCGAAUCAAGUAGUGUAAGAUCUCGAUACUCCGACACGUACAGUCCAUUCCUCUCGCCCUCAGACACCCCUGGAGACACUUGCCCCGAGCCCCUGAACUCGUCACUCCUCAAGAACGACAAGGACGUCAUCAUGAAGCAGAGGAAGACCGAGGAGAACUUCCACAGGAGGAUGGAUCAGAUUUACGCCGAGCGGAGGGAUGACGUGAGGCUCGAGUCAAGAAUACCUGUCCCUCAGUUCAUGGAUCGGCACAUUGUUGUUAGGCACAGCACUGCUUAUCAACGGCGACGACGUCAAGAGGCCGAGGAGGCUCCACCCUCCUCUGCACCACACACGUCUGCUGGACCGGGUUAUGGGGGCGCCAGGGAGUCUGAAAUAUCCAGAAGAUACAGAAGUGAUAGAAUAAAAUUUUCAUCCCGACCAGCCUCCGAAGACCGUUCCCGAGUCUCCCGCCAGGGGAAUUCACCAAUUCGAGAAGGAUUCGAGUCAGUGUACCGUAAUGGAAGACGAAGGAGCGUUGUGAGAAGUUCACUCGAGCCUGAAGAAGCUGUUACUACUUCAGUCGAAUCGAGGCGCAACAGUUCAUCGCAUUCAGGAUCGAUGCACCCGGCAUUUUCACAGGUUCAAGAGACUGACCCCAGGACUUCUCGAUUGCACACCCCCACGACCCCGAGAGAAAAAACUAAUGCAGACGAUGAAGAUAACGAAAUAAAUCGUUACACCCCGCAGUCGAAUUCUUAUCACAUUGAGGCGCUCAGUGAUCAGAUCUCUCGAUGUUCAGGUACCGAUCAUGUGCCUUACGGUACAUUGAGUGACUCGUCCAAUGGUGGAGUGGAUCAGAGUGAGACUGAAACGAGAAUCAUCGAUAAUGGGAGUGACGAGUCCAAUGAGGGGGGUGAUACAUUCGGGGAUAAAUCAUUCGAUGUCAUCACUGAUGCCACCAAUCCGUCGAGACAAAAUUUAAUUGAUCAGGUGGCGUUAAAUAUUUUGUCGAGUGGCACGGACUCGACGGACCAGGAUAAGGAUAGUUCGGAGAAAUCGGGAGGUUCUAAUGACAGUGACGAGAGGAUUGAGCCAGUGAGAGUGGUGAGGUCUGCCUCCUCGGUUGUCUCGAAUGAGACUAACUCGACGGACUCAACGACGAGGAUAAGUGGCAGUCCAGUGCGUACUAACGGGAUCAAGGGGAUUGCCUUUGAUCAGCAGAGCGUUGGCACUGACACAGGGGAUGGCCCGGACAUAUCAUUAGAAUUUGAUCGAGGUUAUUCGACCGAAGUGAAGAUAGAUAUUGAGUCGAGGGUGAGGGCUUCCAUUUAUCCCGAGACAAAGACACACUUCCAGCAGACGGAAUCCCGAGAAGUGAGUCCAGAUGGACGAUCAUCAUCAGUGGAAAACGAUAAGACGACUAGUGCUGUUAAUUCUCUAUCUAUAAUCGUUGCUUCACGUCCCCAUUCACGUGCCACUACAGCUGAGUAUCGAGAGCCUGAGUUUCAGCCACUUGACUACCGUCAGUCGCACGCCGACGAAACCACCACUUCAGCUUCAAUUUUUCAAGUUUCACGUACCUUCGAGGGGACUGAGUCCAUUGACGUCACCACCGAGCAAGUUACAGUGGCAACGAGUGAGAGUUUCACGGAGCUUCCAAAGACCCAGGACAUUCACGUUGUUACGAUCAGCAAAGUCCAGCGUCAGACGACACCCCAGAGUGAGAGCGGAGUGGUUCAGGAUGUCGUUAAAAUCCACGAGAUUGAAACCACCAAGAGAUUACCAUCCCGAGUUCCACGGAGUCGUAUAAAAUCACGUCCCGGUGUCAACAAAAUUACACCUUUUGGUAGUCAUGCGGACAAGACACCAGCGAGAUUUAAACCAGUUACCCUACAGUGUAUUUCGCAGUUGGAAAGCAAUGAUUGGGAAAUAACAAUUAGAGGAUUAAAGUCUUUGUCAACAAUAGCUAGACAACAACCUAAUCAGUUAGACAGCUGUCCCCCGGGCACUGUCGGUCGCCUAUUAGGCCGGCACGUCAGAAACCUGCGCUCCCAGGUGGCUCGAACUGCUUGUCUAGCUGCUGGCGAUGUCUUCGGCUCCCAGGCACGCUGUAUUGAUCAGGACCUUGAUGACAUUGCGGGUCCCCUUCUCCAGAGAACAGCCGACACAAACAAAUUCCUCAGGGCUGACAGCAACUCAGCUCUCGAUCGCAUGAUCGAACACAUUCCACCUCAUAAAACAAUCACGGUUAUUGUUCACCGUGGUGCCAGUCAUCAGAAUGCAGUCGUGCGUGCGGCAACUGCCAGGUUACUGGCAUCCGUUGUCGAUCGAGUUGGGGCUGAUGUGGUGAUGUCUCUGCCGAGGGAGGUGAGGGAUAAGUUACUUGGGGCUGGGGCGAAACUACUUGGGGACGGGAAUUUAGACGCAAGAAAUCACGCAAAAUCAAUGUUUAAAAGGCUCUCAAGGUGUGACGGAUUCCGUCGCGCCCUCACAGACGCUGUUCCCGAGGCAACACUGCGUCACAUCGACAAAACCCUCCGAUCCCUCUAAUCCCCAUAACGGAAGGCAAAUUAACAAAAUGUCAAUAAAGCUCAAAUCGCAACAAAAAAAAACUCUGAAAGUCUGCAAUCGCCUCAAGCCCCGACAAUUUUCCACUGCGAAUAGUAAAAAAAAUUCCGAAUGAGAGAGCAGACGGGACAUGCAACAGCUUGAAGCGAAACCCCAUUUUUCAUCUUUUUAUUACGUCAACCGAUUAUUUAUAAAUAAUCAACGAAAACGUCCGAUUUUUGUAAUGGAAAUUGCAUCACAUUUUGUAAUACUGUUUCAUCAGCCUCUUUGAGGACAGUCAUUUAUAUUUAUACACGCUAUUGUGUGACAUGUAUAGUUGUUUAUGAAAACAAGAAAUGGAGUGAAAUAAAUACAAUUGAAAAAACAAA